AUGGAGAUGAGUAAUACUACCGGGAUUUUGCUGCAAACGAUACUGUUUAUGGCAAACCAUGAGUACAACAACUCGUUGAUAAACCUUAUCCACAAUAAAACGCUCAGCGCGGAUAGUAACUUGACAAGCGGAGAAUUCUCGCUGGCCGAGGAUGUGCGCUGUUUCGGUGUGUACGGUUGCUUCCCGAUCACCUAUCCAUGGAUCGACGAGAAGCGCCCGGUCGCCUACCAUCCACAAUCGCCCUCGCAGGUCGACGUACGGUAUCCGGUGUUUGUGAAGUCGAACACCGAUCAUCCGAAGUUCAUCGAUAUCAACAAUCCGGCAAGCGUGCGUCAUCUCGGCAUUAAUCCGAACGGUCGCAUCUAUUUUAUUACGCACGGCUAUAUUGAGGCUGGCGAUCGACCCUGGAUUCAGCAGAUGGUGAACGCACUGCUCGACAAUGAUCCGGACCGUACGGCAAGCUGCGUAGUGAUUGAUUGGCGGAAGGCCUCGAACCCACCCUAUACGCAGACCUGCGCCAACAUUCGGCUGAUCGGCGCAAUAACUGCGCAUGUCAUCUACUUACUUUAUGAGGAGCUAAACUUGAAGAACCUGGACAAGGUGCACCUGCUUGGCCAUUCGCUUGGCUCGCAUCUGUGCGGUUACGCCGGGUAUCAUCUGCAGAAGGAUUUCGGCAUCAAGCUGGGCCGCAUCACCGGUCUCGAUCCGGCCGAACCGCUGUUCUCCGACACGGAUCCGUUGGUGCGGCUGGACCGGAGCGAUGCCAAGUUCGUGGACAUCAUCCAUUCGGAUGGGUCCGAGUGGGUGAGCAAGGGCGGCCUGGGGAUGUACCAGCCAAUCGGGCACGUGGACUUCUAUCCGAACGGGGGCUACAAUCAGCCCGGGUGUAGCGACCCGAUGAACAAGUUCAUCCGCAAGCACGAUGAGUCCUUCUUCUGGGGCUUCCAGGAGUUCUUCGGCUGCAACCAUCUGCGGUGUCACCAGUUCUUCACCGACAGCGUACUGCACAGCUGCCCAUUCGUUGGCAUCGGGUGCGAAUCGUACGCCCAGUUUCUGCGCGGUGAAUGUUUCGAGUGCGACCGGGACGGUCACUACUGUAUCGAGUUCGGUCUGAAGGCCCAAGAAAGCUACACCAGGCUGAUCGAGAAUGGUGUUAUCACGAACCCGAAUGCUCCGCUGAGCGUGUACAUGGUGACGGGUUCCGAUCCACCGUAUUGCCGAUCGCAUUUCCGCAUUACGAUGAGCGUUUCCGGCGAGGAGGAGAGUCUUAUACACGGCGGUGAAAUAGGCAAGAUGUCAAUCGAGCUGCACGGUGAGGGUGGUGUGCGCUCGGGAAAAAUGGACUUUUCCAGGGACCCGGUGUACUUCGAGCCGGGCGGUAACUAUUCGGCCAUCCUGGCGGGCACGCAUGUGGGCAAACCGCUCAAGGUGCUCCUCACGUGGGAGUACCGCACCAAUCCGCUCAAUCCGCUGACCUGGCGUUUGCUGGUGGUGCCGCGCGUAUACGUACAGCGCAUCCACGUGCAGAUGAUGGAGAUGCGUUCCAGCAUACUGGUGUGUCCGCUUAACAAUGCUCCGGUGCGUGCCGACCAGGAGAAUGAGUUUAAAAAUGAAUACUGCACAUAG